UUUUCACUGAGUGUGGCAUCAUUCUCCGGUUAUUUUUUAAUUAGUUGGCAGAAAAAAUGAGGGUACUUGGGAAUAUAUUUUUAGUUUUAUUAAUUAAAUUAUUAAGUUUAAUUGGAAAUGUAGAAUUAAAUGAAGUAAUAGGAUGUGGUGGUUUCAUUAAAAGCCACGCCGAUAUAGAUUUCUCCAAAGUAGAAGUGAAACUAUUAACAAAGCAGGGAGCUUUGAAAGAUAAAACCGAUUGUUCACCCUCAAAUGGUUAUUAUUUCCUGCCUAUCUAUGAUAAGGGCGAAUAUUUGUUAAAGAUUUCCCCUCCUCCCGGUUGGAGUUUUGAGCCUGAAGAAGUGAAAUUAAAUUUCAACGGUCAAACUGACAUUUGCAGUUUGGGCAAAGAUGUUAAUUUUGUUUUCAAAGGUUUUGGUAUUACCGGUAAAGUGGCUUUAGGAAGCGGUGGUGCAAAGGGUGUUAAAGUUGAAUUGAAAUCUGAAGAUGGCAAAGAUGUUAGAGAAACAACUACGGAUGUUAAUGGUAUAUUUUCAUUUACUCCCAUUAUACCCGGAAAAUAUCUUGUUAAAGCUACUCAUGACCAAUGGUAUUUCGAAAAGGCUGAAUAUACCGUUGUAGUCGAGGGUGGUAAUACUGUUUUACCCGAAAACUCCUUAGUUGUUUCUGGAUUUGAUGUUACUGGCCGUUUCGAAACAUCCGGACAAUUAAAUUCUGGAGUAGGCAUAGCAUUGUUUGAAAGUAAAUCGGUAAGUGAAGAAAGUCGGUUAAAACUUUAUUUUUUUUUUAAUUGUUUACUUUUUAAGAAUUCCUCGCCUUUGAGAUGCAGCAAAAAAGAACUUAAAAACUCUGUAACCAAUACUGUAGCCAACUACAAAGAUUCACCUGCUUGUUAUGCUCUUGUAGACAAAAAUGGAGAUUAUAUAUUUAAAGAUGUAGCUCCUGGAAAGUAUUUGUUACAACCAGUCAUUGAGGAUGUCAAUUUAAAGUUGAACCUUAAACCCUCCUAUGUUGAAUUUGAAGUAACCAAAGAUACUUUAGAUUUAAAACAAGAAUUUAAGAUAACUGGUUUUAGUGUUAAUGGACAAGUAUUAGACGGACCACAAGGUUCUCCAAUUUCUAAAGCUAUUGUAAAAUUAAAUGGACAAAAAGAAGUGGUUACCGAUAAUAAAGGCUUCUUCGUACUAGACAGUGUUAAUGCCGGCACGUACACUUUACAAGUACAAGCUGACAAAUAUGAAUUUGCUGAACAACGCGUUAAAUUACAACUAACUGUACCCUCUUUACCAGCUACAGUACCCUCAGCAUAUGAAGUCUGUGGUAAAGUAGUGGCCAAAAAAUCCUAUAAAGUUGGCAUUACUAAACAGGGUUCCACAUUUCACACAACCGCCAAUACCGAUGCCGAAUCUGGAGUAUGGUGUGCUUAUUUACCCAGUGGCAAAUUUAGCAUUGAAGUUUUGACCACAGAUAGCGAUAAGUCAAAUGGUGUACAAUUUUUCCCCGUACAACAAACGAUUGAAGUGAUCUCUCAGCCUUUAAAGGAUAUAGUUUUUUCACAACUCAGAGCCACCUUACAAGGCAAAUUGCGUUGUUUGCCAGAUGCCCCGUUAGCUGCUUGUUUGAAGACUGAAGUUACUUUACACAACUUGGAUGCCAAUGGUCAAUUAACUGGUCAAAAGCAAACAACUACAGCUGAAGAUGGAAAGUACAGCUUUAAAAAUGUUUUGCCCGGGCCUUACGAAAUCACUGUACCACAAUCUAAUUUAUGUUUCGAUUCUACACGCGUACUUAUUAAUGUGGCUUCUGCUUCUGAAACCGCUCCUGAUUUUGUACAACACGGUUAUGAAGUCAACAUUAUAUCCAGUCAUAGGGCUAUAAUGAAAUACUCCCAUAGCUCUGCUAGUAGCUCGGACUCAUUUAAACUACUUUCUGGAGUUAAUACCUUCUGUGUACCAAAAUUCGGUUCUUACAAGAUUAAAUUAGAAGGCUGUCAUUUGUAUAACGAUAAUGAAUUACCCUCAACUUUCGAUACUUCAAAUACUAAUCCCAUUAUUAUUAAUGCCAAAGCCCAUAAAGUGGGAGUACGUGUUUUAUCACCCGAUUCUAGUGUCGACUCUUUGCAGCUAACAGUUGAGUCAACAACUUUGGGCAAACAAGUUGUUAAACCUAUUGCGGAAUCCCAUAAAGUAGAUGGCAAAUAUGCUUAUCGUUUUGAGACCCACUUGAAGCCUGAAGAAGUUUUACGCAUUACCCCCAAAAGUGAUAUUUUACUAUUCGAACCAACAACCAAGGAAAUUGUUGGUACCAAUGAUUGUGUUGAUGUUGCAUUUAAUUUCAUCGCCUCAGAAGGUUUGAUUUUGCGCGGCAAGGUUGUUCCUGCCAUUAAAGAUGCCAAGAUCACUUUAUCUUUUCCCAAAAAUCCUGAAUUAACAUCUGAGACUAGCUUAACUUCGGCUAGUGGUGAAUUUAAAUUCGGUCCUAUUAAAGAUAGUUUGUAUUACGAACUUAAAGGCGAAAAAGAAUCCUAUGUAUUCUCCGACUAUAAUCCCUCAACUAAUUCCUUUAGUGUCCACAAAUUGUGCGAAAUUAUUGUUAAGGUUGUCGAUGAAUCGAACAAAGGUUUAGCUGGUGUUUUGGUCUCAUUGAGUGGUUCAGAAAGUUAUCGCAAAAAUUUAAUCACUUCUGAUGAUGGCUCCAUUAACUUCCAUUCCUUGUCGCCUUCACAAUACUUCUUAAGGCCCAUGUUGAAAGAAUUUAAAUUUGAACCAAAUUCUAAAAUGAUUGACUUGAAGGAUGGUGAAACAGUUGAAAUCAAAAUGAUUGGCAAACGUGUGGCUUAUUCUGCCUUUGGUACUGUUACUUCUCUAAACGGCGAACCUUUUGCUCAGGUCAAUAUUGAAGCUACAGCAAGUGAAAAAUGUUCACAUCACCAAGAGGAGGCCACCACAGAAAAUAAUGGCAAAUAUCGUUUGAGAGGCUUAAAUCCUGGUUGUGACUACACCAUACGCGUCAAGGAUGCUGGAGUUGCUGGAAAUAAUGUUGAUCGUUCCAUACCAGUACAACGCGUUGUGGAAAUUGCCAAUGAAGAUGUACAAAAUGUUAAUUUCUUGGCCAUUUCUCCUAUCAAUUUUGUCGAUGUUACUGUCCGUGUUACUGCUGCUUCUAAUGAUUUCUACAAAACUUUACGUUUGGUUAUGUACCGCAAGGGUUCCUAUGAUUCUCCUAUUUAUUCACAGCGCUUGGAAACACCACUCAAUCCCAAAGCACGUUACAAUCCAGGCAUUAUGGUAUUUUUGCCCCGCAUACCUUUGGAUGGCAAAACCUACAUUGUGGAAUUGAGAUCAUCGCUCUCGGACAAAACCUAUACAUACACUGUACCCACCCAACAGUUUGUGGCUGAUACCGGUUCUGUUUUUGUUGAAUUAGACUUUACACCCGAAGUAAAAUCUUACGAAACCGAUCUUAAUCAAAAUUCCAUCUCCGCCUUGAUACUGGUGGCUUUAGUUUCCAUAGCAUUUUUCAAACAAGACAUAGCUGUGGGUUUUCUAGAUUUUGUUUGGACGAAAAUCAGUGCAAUUGCCGACGAUUUCGCACAAAAACAGAAAAAUCAAGCUAAAAACAAUGUCCGUAAAGUAGAACCAAUUAAUCAAAAAGAAAUCGAACAAAUGGCCGAGCAAAUAAAUAACAUCAAAAAGAAGAAGACUAAAAAAAUCUAAAGAAAAUAAAAAUUUAACUUAAAAUCUCUUGAUAUUCGAGAGAUUUGAAAACGAGAGUAAAUAAUUGUUAAUUAAGAAGAUUUCAAGGAUUUUUUUUAAGAUUUAUUUAAUAAAAAAAAAAA